GGGAGGAGGAAGAAGAUCUUACAUUAGCUCCUGCCGGCUGCGGGGACUCAGGCAGUUGACAGAAACCCAGGCAGAGGGACUCAGUGAGAACAACACUGACAGCUUUUUUGGGGAAACACGGGGCGACAAAUGAAAGCCAAACAAAAAAUCGAUUAAUUAUUAUUAUUUUUUGUAUCUGUUUGGCAACCUCUUGUUUUCCAGAAGAUUUUUACGCAGCGCAAAAGAGUACAGAAAACGCCGCAGAGAUGAGUGUUGCGUGGUUUUACGUGCUCUUGAAGGAUCAUCUCUCUUGAUAAAGGGACCAAAGCGGACAAAACAAGGUUGCCCGUGAUAUUUUCUAAAAGAAGAUUGCAAAGGUGGAGCGAUUAGAGAAGGGCUGAUGAAGGGACUAUUAAUCCUUUCAGUGCAUCAAACGCGCCAAGGGGUACUAGAAACGUUUGGAUGGAAAUCGGGCGAGUGUUUGGAACUGUUUUUGGUUUUAUAUGAAACUGGUGAUUAGUAGUUGUUGUGACACAUCUGGAAGGAUUUUUUUUCUCUCUGAGAUUUUAAUAAGGAGUAAAAUUUCGCUUUUUUUUUCAACCCACCACCGAAAGGUUUGAUAACAUGAGCGAUAUCUCUGCGUGAAUACUCAGAAACUUACAUCUCUAUCUUUUUUCUCUCUUCAAGUAUUCCUAAUCUAAAUGGAAUUAGUUGAGCCUAAAGCCGUUUGUGAAAGGAACAGACAUGCUACAUGGGCACAGCUUCCAUCACGUUGUUGCAAGUCUACUCAUACUUGGGUUGUGUGGGGCAACAAAGAAGGAUACAGCAGUGAAAAACAAUUCUGGAGUGAAGCCUGCAGGUCAGUGUGGAACGUGGGUAAAGGAAGCAGAAGGAGGGCUCUUCACUUCUCCCAAUUACCCAAACAAAUACCCCCCAGACACAGAGUGUGUUUACAUCCUUGAAGCUCCCCCAAGGCAGUGUAUCGACCUACACUUUGACGAGAAUUAUUCAAUCGAGUCCUCUUGGGAAUGUAAAUUUGACAACAUUGAGGUACGAGAUGGACCGUUUGGCUUCUCCCCGAUUCUCGGACGGUACUGCGGUCAGCACAGCCCGCCUGACAUCAGGAGUAGCGGCAGAUAUCUGUGGAUAAAAUUUGUUACGGAUGGUGAACUGGAAGCAGUGGGAUUUUCAGCAAGUUACAACUUUACUGCAGAUCCAGACUUUGGAGACAUGGGAAUACCCCCACCUCUGCCCUCCUGUCAGUAUGACAUGGUUGGCCCAGAAGGUAUCGUCGAGUCUCAUCAGAUCACCAGAGACGGAAAGGCCGGUGCCACCGAGGCCGUCGACUGUAAAUGGUACAUCCGUGCCCCGCCGCGCUCCAAGAUCUACCUGCGUUUUCUCGACUAUGAGAUGGCAAAUUCCAAUGAAUGCAAGCGCAACUUUGUGGCAGUGUAUGAUGGCGGCAGUUCAGUGGAAGACCUGAAGAGCAAGUUCUGCUCCACGGUGGCCAACGACAUCAUGCUGGUUUCCACGCUGGGAGUCAUCAGGAUGUGGGCAGACGAGGCCAGCCGCAAAAGUCGCUUCCGCAUCCUUUUCACAACCUACCAAGAACCUCCAUGCGAUGCAGAUGCCUUCUUCUGUCACAGUAACAUGUGCAUAAAUAACACACUCGUGUGUAAUGGCAUGCAGAACUGUGUCUACCCCUGGGAUGAGAACCAGUGUAAAGAAAAGAGGAAAGCCAACAUCCUGGACAACCUGAACAACACUAAUGGGACCAUAAUUGGCGUCACCUGUUGCAUUGUCUUCAUUCUCCUCAUCAUCUCUGUUAUUGUCCAGAUCAAGCAGCCACGCAAAAAGUAUAUCUUGCGACGUGAGGACUUUGACCCCACCAUGUUCCAGGAGGUCUUUGAGCCACCUCACUAUGAGCUGUGUACGUUACGGAGCGCCACCACACCCACAGCGGCCUCAGCAGACUUAGUCGACCUGGCUGAAGACUUUGAGAACUACCACGCCCUUCGCCGUGCCUCUUCCCGCUGCGUUCACGAUCACCACUGUGGCUCCUCCUCCAACCCCGGCUCCGCGCACAUAUCCCAGCUGUCACUCAGUGCACGAGAGAGCCGGGGCAACUUGAGCGCCCGUGAUGCUGCGGCUGCCACUCUGCUCACAGACCUUCCGCAGCCUUCCAUGGCAGUGCGGCCGUUGUUGCCGGCCACGGGAAAUCGCAGGAGCAUCUUGGUCAUGAAGCACAGCUACUCACAAGAGGCAGCAGACAAUGGAUGUGACCUGGACGACGACCUGGAAGAAGUUCCCACCACCAGCCACCGGCUUUCACGCCACGAAAAGGCAGUACAGCGACUUCUUGAGAAUAGUGCAAUCCUGGAUCAGUACGAACGGGCGUCACUGACAUAUGAAAAAACGGAGCGGAGAUUUACACCAGCAUGAUGCUGCUGCUGCUGCUGCUGCUGAUGAUGAUGAUGAUGAAGGGACAAUUUGAUGAAACAAACUAAAUGUGCAAAGAUGAACAUGAAGACUAGAUGAAACUGCUGCAGAUGCAAAGUUUUGAAAAUCGUCUCUUUGCUCUACGUUUGGUAGCCAGUGCAGAUGUCUCACUGCAGAAGCUUUGGACCUUUACAACAAACAUCAUUCCUGAACUUUAGAUUUGGGACAUUUAGAAACAUAUGUGUCAUUGUAGAUUCUCAAGUGAUCAGGAAAUUUCAAGUUUAUUUUAAGCAUGUAUUUUUUUGUAGCAUACAUGAGUUUGAUAGCCAAUUAUAGGUGCUUGCGGUUUGUCAAAUCUAGAAAGAUUUACAUUAGUCAAAAUUGGAAUUAAACUAAUUACUAACCUAAUUGAAUUUAAUUCUAUUGGACAACUGUUUAUUUGGUUAACAGCUCAAAGUCCAGUUUUAUGACUCCUGCAUGCUUCUUCUAUACCCAUUAAAGCAUUAACAUACUAACAACUGAGUAUGAAAAUAACGCAUCUACUAACAAUACUUAAGUCAUACAGGAAUAAGAUGUGGGUUAAAAGGUGUUUUCAAAAUAGAUUAAUUACACUGCAUGUUAUUGUGUGGCUGAAUCAUUACAAAGCAGAGCUCCAAUUUCCAACAUAAUAAGUUCAACUUCUUAAAUGUGCUAACUUUCCAAUAAGCAUUUUUCUUUAAUUAAUUUUUAUUUAUUUUUGGCAACUUUGAUUCCUUCAAAUCUGUUUAACUCCUAAUUCUCUUACUUACUGUAGAAGCUUCAUAUCUUUGUAUUAAAACAGGAUUUUAUACUAAGGCAAAUUGAAAAAGUGAAUGUUUUUACAGUUACUCGAGUUAUCUUUCAGGGCUGAUUUUACUGAUGCUUUAUAAAAUAAAUAACACUGAAGCUUCACCUUUCCUUUCCCUUUGUUUUAUUGGCCUUUGGUCAGUAGUUCCUCUGUCCAUUAAGCGUGUCCUCAAUCUGUCAGCACACCUCGUUCUCCUCUCACAACCAAUUAAAUGUUGCUCCUUUUUUUUCUGCCUGACUUGCUUCUGAGGAAGCGCAGACUCAAACCGGAAGGAUUUAUUUCACCAAGCAGUACACUUCUUUUCAAUCUCUGAGAGUUUAAAUAAUUCCGGGUAAUCAAGGUAUCUGACAGGCAAGUUAAUUGACUUUCUGUGAUGCGUUUAUCCAACUCGAUCAGAAGUGAAGGAUUAGCCUUGCACUCGGAUAACACUUGCUACUGGCAGGCUGGUUAAUAUAAGACGACGUGCACUAUGUGGAGAGUAAAAUAAGUGGAUCUGAGCACAGUGACACAUGCAACACAUUUCUUACUCACUGUCAUUGUGUCCUUACCUGUAUUUGUGGGAAUUUGAAUUUACCAUCUAUGUGUUCAUUAUUUUUCUGUGUUUAGUGUCAUUACUUACAUUCAUACUCUCCACUAUUUUUUUUCCUUCCGCAUACACACAGCCAUGCACAUAAAUAUUCCUGCAAAUAGCGAAUAAAAUGCUUUUCUUUUCUGUACACACAUUUGCACUGCCUGGUCUGUGUGUUGUCUCUCUGCUUCACACGUCUGUCAACAGACAUGUUCAGCACAGGUACCAUAUCCAUGCUCUCUCUGUUU